GACAUUCUGAGCCUGUGUUCAGAAGUAAUUAAAAAUGUACAAUUGAAAACUGUGUCCCUAAUGUUUGAAUUCUUUAUCAGGGUUUUUGCAAGAGCGUACAUAUUUGGAAAAGAGAAAAUGUGGAAACAGAGGAAAAGUAGAGGUUAAACCGAGGCAAAAGGAGAGUGAAGGAAGCAUAACAGGCCAUCAUUCCUGCUGGAACAAAUAGAAGAAGUGCAAAGGAAUACACCAGAAACAAACCUAAAGGUAGCUUUGACUGAAAUCUCUUCAAGACAUGAUCCAAAUAGAGCUUUGAAAGACAAACAUGAAGGCCCUCACAUGCCAGCUACAAGCCUUGCCUACUUUGCUGUUUGCUCUGUCCUCUACGUUUCUUUUCCUCCUUGUUGCUUGGCCUAAAAGUGAAUUUUCUGAAAAAAACCCUCUGAUGUUGAAACUCUGCAGCAAUCCCCAAAGCAGCCCAAAUUCUGCACAGGAGCAGAAUUUGAAUGUCCCAGAAUUUGAAUGGGAAGCUGUACUUGAGCAGGGAAAAGAGGCCAGCUCCCUUGCCUUGCAAUCUCCUGCACCAUCAGCAGCAACCACACACCAUCCCUUAGAGGUUAUCUAUUCCAAAGGGUAUAAAUUCCGUCUCAAUGAACCUGAUAAGUGCCAGGAGAGGCCCCCUUUCCUGGUCUUGUUUGUGAUAACAGAGCCCCAAGAUAUUGCCAGGAGGAAAGCCAUCCGGCAGACCUGGGGCAAUGAGAGCUCUGUGCCUGGCGUCUCCAUCCUCCGCAUUUUUUUGACUGGCGUACAUCCCUUAUUUGGGUCCCUACUCCAGCCCUUGCUAGAAGAGGAGAGUUCCAUCUACAGAGACAUUAUCCAGCAAGACUUCCUGGACACCUACAACAACCUUACCCUGAAGACGCUGAUGGGCAUGGAGUGGGUCACCAAGUUCUGUCCCAAUGUCCCAUAUGUCAUGAAGGCAGACAGCGACAUCUUUCUGAAUGUGGAAUACCUGGUGUCGCAGCUGCUACAGCCUCACCUGCCCCCCAAGAAAAACUACAUGACGGGGUACAUCUACCGCAACACAAAGCCAAUCCGGGACAAGGCCUACAAAUGGUAUGUGCCAUGGGAGGUGUAUCCCAAUGACACCUACCCACCCUACUGCGGAGGCCCUGGGUAUGUGCUUUCUGGGGAUCUGGCCAAGAAGAUCUACCAGGUGGCUCAGACCAUCAAAGUAAUCAACAUGGAAGAUUCUUUCAUGGGGAUCUGCCUUCAUGAACUGGGCAUUAGUGUGACAGACAGCCCCAGGGGUCUCUUCAAUGUUUAUAAAAUCACCUAUGAGAAGUGCCAAUUCUCUAAGCUCAUAGUUGUACAUCACUAUGGGCCUGAGGAAUUGCUGCAGAUUUGGCCAAGCUUUCAGGAUCAGAAUAAAACUUGUACUAGCUAAAGACACAGGGAGAUGAGCUCUUGCAGGAAAGCUGGUGUGGAGGACUAGAGGCCAUAUGAAGGCCACAAGAUGCAACGUUAGACAUUUACACUUGACCCAAACAUAUGCUGCUAAAUGUGCACACAUAGAGGAGUGAAAAUGUCUUGUAGUUGUGUCAUAAUGUUAAAAGAUCACACAGGAGAUCCCUCUGCUUUUGUGACCUCAAAAGUAAGUUUCUCCCACCUAAGUUUGGUUUUGUUCAUACUCCUACCCUCUGGGACUGUUCUUGUUUAGUCUAUUCUGGACUGUAGUUGUACCCUGGACACAUUUACACAGUGACGCUGCCAAGUCAACAGUGAUGGUGCUAAGCCAACAGCCUCAGAAUUGUGAGACCAUGUGCUCACCUAUCAGAACAUCAACAUCUUCUUGACAUGCAUGUCCUGUGGUGUGCGAUCACACAACGUGACUCCCAUUCAUAAUUUUUUGGAAUAGGUCAUCAGAAAGAAGACAGUACAAAGCUGCAGUCUUAUCGGCAACUUUUAUUCACAACUUUUUUGGGGCGUGUGAUAUUUUGGAAUAUACACAAGAAGAAAGGUGACUUUUGAGUUGUGUCAAAUGUCAAUAAUUGGCAACAAGAGGCUGUGCUUAAACAUUUGAGAUGACUAAAUACAGACUUAAUAUAGAUGAUGGAUGGCUACGUUAUUUAGCCUCACCCUUAAGAGUUUGCAUGAUAAUUUAUUUUUAUUUACCUGUAUUUAUAAGACACUUAUAUCUAGAGAUUCCGAAACAGCCCACUCAAAUAAUUAAAAUAUACAAUUUUUUUAAAAAAUGUAAAAUCAAUUUCCUAUAUAAAGUGAUAUAAAUUAGUAGAUGUUUCUUCAACAUGAAUCUUAAAAAAAGAAAAAAAAAAGAAUUGUUAGUACAUGCCUAAUCUCAGAGAAAUCUUAUUCCAUAGGGUGCCACCAUGUUAAAUGCCUUGGUCUGAACUACUAUGGAGUAAACCUCAGGAACCUAUGGCAUUAUGAGGAAGGCUUCUCCAGAUGAUUUGAAAAACUAAGUGGGUUUAUAUCUGAAAAGGCAUUCUUUCAGGUGAGCAUAUCCCAAGUUGUUUAGGAUGUUAUACAAUGAAAACCUUGAUCCUAAUGUGAGACAAAUAGGAAGCCAAUCCAAUUUUUUCAGCAGGGUCAAACCUUACAGCCAAAAGAUGGUGUCACUUAACUAAAAUUUCCAUACUACCUCCAGGUUCUGGACCAGUAUUAUUAACAGAUUAGCCCACAUGAAGCAAACUGCAACAAUCCAUCCCGGAGGCUAUUAUUACCUGAACCACUGUGGCCAAACCCUUGGUCCAAGAAUGGCCCAGCAGGCCUAUUAAUCUGGUCAAAGGCACUCGAGGCUGUCAAAACAGUUGGCCUGUUGAGCUCCCAGACCUGUGAACCACCCGCCUACAAGACCCCUACAUAUUGCCAGAUUCAGCCUCAGCACAUUGGCUCCAGGCCAGCACUGCAUCCAGGCAUUGGUCCAGGGUUCGUACUGUCAAGCUUGAUUCAGGUGACACAGAGGUUUGCUCUAACACUCCUGGAAAUUCCUCCCAACAGCGUCACAUAGGACAGGUGUUGCAUGGGGGCCAAAAUGGUUGCCUGAACCAUCUCAUAACACAAUUGCCAGGAAUCUAAGAAACAGUCUUCCAGGAACCAAUCCUCAAGGCUGCAAGAGUAAGACACCAGAGGCCAUUGCACCAAAUCCAAGCCUACUGAAUAAGUCCAGGAGGAUUCUAUGGUCAAUGGUAUCAAAAGCCACUGCAAGCAAGCAAGAGUAAGAGUAUGGCCCUCUCUUUGUUGGUCUCUUGAAGAGGUCAUCCACCAGGACACACAAAACUGAGUCCACAAAUUCAGGCUCAGUUUCACACUCUCUGACCUCUCCAUGAGAGAUUGCUGGGAGUGGAGGAGGUGUUUAAACCUGUGGAAUGGUUUAUUUUUAGCCAGCUGACAUUAUUGCUUUAUAUUUUUAAAAAUCUAACCUGUUUAAAUUGAGUUUACUUGUAUACCACGCUGCGAACCUAUGAUACUGGGCAGGGGAAGGGAGGAAAAUAUUUUAAUAAAUAAUAAAAACAAGAAGAGCUUGCACCACUUUUGGUCUGUUGAUGUUGUUGCAUGACUUCAAUCCAUUUCUGACACAUGACAACCCUAAAGCAAACCUAUCA